AUCGCGUCCCGCACCGCACGCAUCCCCACCGACCCUUGUUCACAAUUGCAGCUUCCCCCGGUUUCUCAUCCUUCGAGGGCCUGAGGUGCAAGCUGUGAUAUUCUUCUGCUCCUCUCCCACCCAUUACCCCUUCGACCAUCGCCUUCUCCCCCCAUCGAACAAUACCGCUGCCAUGAUAUCAUCAACCCGGAGCUGGUUCCGACGGAAUCGAACAAACUUCGCCAUCGGCGCAGGUGUCCUCGGUGCUGGCUAUCUCGCCGGACAAUAUGUUCUCGGCAAAGUGAGCGAGGCACGACAACGCAUGAGCGAGGAGCGGAUAGCUAAAGAAAACCUCCGACGUCGCUUCGAACAGAACCAAGAAGACUGCACAUUCACCGUCCUCGCCAUCCUCCCGACCGCCACAGAGAACAUCCUCGACGCCGUGCCCGUCGAGCAGAUCCUCGAGGAGCUGCAGAAGCACAAGGCGGAGCGAUUGGCGCGGAGCGUUGGCCCUAGCGAGGUGUUCUCGAGCGCACCGCCCAGCGUUGCGGAUCCCAGCGUCGCGGACGACGAUGCGAAGAGCCUGACGAGCUACCAGAGCCAGAGCGAGAGCUACGUGCACGCGAGCCAGAUUGCCGAUGGCGAGAACGCGAGCACGACGGGGAGCGGCAGUGCCGAGGUCGCGGCUGAAGGUGCUGCGAGUGGCGAGAAGAAGACGAAGAAGAGCAAGGCGCAGCUGUGGAAUGAGAUGAAGAUUAGCUCUAUUUCACGAGCAUUCACGUUGCUGUAUACGUUGAGCUUGCUCACGCUCCUCACGAGGAUACAGCUGAACCUCCUCGGUCGACGGAAUUAUCUCGCGAGCGUUGUCUCGCUCGCCACACCACAUUCUCAGGAAUCGAAGAUCAACCUGGAGAACCACGAUGAUGACAAUUUCGACCACGCCUACGGCAACGACUUCGAGACGAACCGACGGUAUUUGUCUUUGAGCUGGUGGUUGUUGCACCGCGGCUGCAUUGAGUUGAUUCAGAAGGUCACGGCUGCUGUCAAUGAAGUUUUCGGCUCUUUGAACCCUAGGGAGGAAAUCACGCUUGAGAGGCUUUCUGAGAUGACUCUUGAGGUGCGGAAGAAGGUCGAGGGUGCCACCGAAGAGCAAAGGAGGACCUGCAAAUGGCUUCCCUACCUCCUGCCCUCGCAGGAUCAAGAGGCUUACGUCCUCCGCGAGUCCGGCAUGUCCGACUCUGCUUCCGGCCUCACCUCUACUUCUCUUCGACGUCUCAUUGAUGAGACCUCCGACCUUAUUGACUCGCCAUCUUUCACUCAUGUUCUUACCCGCCUUCUCGACUCCGCUUUCUCUCAUCUCAUCGAUACCAAGAUUUCACAGCUGUCUUACAAGAUCCCCCCCACAUCGGCCUCUACCGCCCGCGUCCAGGAGAUCGUUAACCCCUCUGAUGCCAAAGCCAAGGUGGCGAAUUCCCUGGCGGUAUUCUGCAGACAAGCCCAUGCUAUUGGUACCGGCGCCAACAACGAGUACCUGGCUGCCAUCGAGAGCGUCCGAGACUUGGAGGCAUUCGCCGCAGUCGUGUAUAGCAGCAACUUCGAGUACGAGACUCCCGAGGCCGGAGCAUCUGCUAACACUGCCACUGGCCCCGAAAGCGGCAUGCAAAGUGCUGCUGAGAGCGCCCGUACUAGUCUAGUCACAGAUGUCGGUUUCGAGAGCGCGUGGGGCAAGGCUUUAGCCAAGGAGGACGGAAAGGCUUGAAGUCGAAAUAUAUGUUCAUCUAUCCCAUGUCCCCUAGUCUGUUGAGUUUAAGUAGAUUUCGACGUUACAAGCAUGGCUAUUGGUCUUUCUUUUUUCUUGUACGAUAUUUUCAUUAUGGGCGGGCUACUUUACUAGGGAAUACAGGGGUUGCACGGGGGUUGACUGAAGAUACCCGGCUAGGACUUGCACGAAUACAUCAAGAUUAUUAUAUUCAUGU